AUGUCUCACUUCAGAGCUAAGCGGCUGGACCUCGGCGGCUUCAUCAAUUCGCGUGUCAUCCGCGACCACACCAAGCGCAAAGUCUACGAGCAGUUUGAGCCCGAGAGGCAAGCUCUCCGUUAUGCAAUUCGCAACACAUCGCUCCCCCAGCGUGUCCGCGUACAGGCGCAGCUCCAACUGUCGCAAAUGCAUGCCUAUACCCGGCCGACUCAAAUCAAGAACCGGUGCGUGGCAGGAGGAAUUGCGAGAAGUGUAUUCCGUGAUUUUAAGCUUGCAAGAUACCAAUUCCGCCAACAAGCAUUAGCAGGUCUAUUACCGGGUGUUAGGAAGGCUUCCUGGUAA